GCCGCUUGUCGUUCGUUUCCAUCACAAUUCUCAAAAACUCUAGAGAAGUUUUUUAAAAAUAUAUAUUUUGUAUAAAAUGGAAGCAGUUUCAGCAUUUGCGGUGUAUAAAAAGACUGGUUUAAAUACAUCGUCAAAAAAUCGAACUGAUAAAAAACAAAAGAAAAACAAAAAGAAACCCCUUGGAACUCCAAACAAAUCGGGAUCACCUUCAACUCAUCAGCAAAAUGGGAAGUACAACAAAUCUAAUUCAGGAAAUGAGGCAAAUAUUCCGAAAAUUCCUAAAAAAAGAAAACAGAACAACAAACAAGAGGAAUCGGCCAAAGUGAAAAAGUCUACAGAACCAAAUGGUAUCAAAGAUGAAGUCAAUUCUGUGGUUGACGAUAAAGUUAAAGAACAGAUCCCCAAGAAAAAGAAAAAGCAAGCCGGUGGAGAAACUGCCGAAAAGACACCCAAGUCCAAGGACACUGCAACCGAAGCCAACAAAUCAUUGGGAUCAAUAAAGAAAGAGCUGCCAUCUCCUUCCAUCAAUCUGCCACUUCGCAACAAUAGUAUCAAGGAUGGGACGAAGUUAUUCAAGUGGUUGAUAUCUCCCAUCGGGGCAGACAUGUUUUUCGACAAGUUCUGGGAGAAGGCUCCUUGUCUCAUCGAGCGCAACAAUCCCAGCUACUUCAGCAAACUGAUUUCCUUUGAAAUGAUCGAUCAAAUGUUAAUCAACAAUCACAUUGAAUUCACCAAAAAUAUCGACAUAACUUCCUACAAAAAUGGAAUUCGUGAGACACUCAAUCCAGAAGGUCGGGCAAUACCACCAGUUGUAUGGGACCACUAUUCAAAUGGAUGCAGCAUACGUCUGCUGAAUCCUCAGACGUACCUCGAUGGAAUUUUUGCAAUGAAUUCGUCCCUACAGGAAAUGUUUCAUUGCAUGGUUGGAUCAAAUGCCUAUUUGACUCCCCCAAACUCGCAGGGUUUUGCUCCUCACUACGAUGAUAUCGAAGCCUUCGUUCUGCAAAUUGAGGGACGAAAACGUUGGAAGUUAUAUAAUCCCAGAAACAAGAAAGAAGAAUUGCCACGGUUUUCGUCGGAAAACUUUUCCCAGAACCAAAUUGGCAAACCUAUUUUGGAAAAGGUUCUCAUGCCCGGAGACAUCCUGUAUUUCCCACGAGGAACAAUUCAUCAAGCGUUCACAGAGCCUGGAUUCCACUCGUUACACAUUACACUGAGUGUUUAUCAAAAGCAAUCAUACGCUGAUCUAUUUGAAAAACUGUUUCCUAUGAUCCUUCAGCGGGCUAUAGCCGAGGACGUUGAUAUGCGUCGAGGUCUGCCAUUGAACGUGUGGCACAAUGCUGGUAUUGUGUAUUCGGAGGAGCCAACGCGGGAACGAAAAGAUUUCCUGCGCAAAUGUCGUGAUCUUAUUUCAAAAUCUUUGCAGGAAAUGCCCAUUGAUCAGGCUGUUGACCAAUUAGCAAAGAAGUUCCAACACGAGGCACUUCCCCCGAACAUCAGUGACGCUGAAAGGUCCUUAACAGUAUUCGGGUGCAAAAAUAAGGUUGACUCCAAAGGGAACUGGGUUAGUGGCUAUAACAUUAAUUCUAUGACCAAAGUUCGCUUGUUGAGGGCGAAUAUUAUGCGUCUCGUUGAAGAGGAGGACUCUAUUCGGAUCUAUUAUUAUGUGGACAAUUCCAAAGAGUACUGCGAGUACGAACCGAAUUAUAUUGAAAUAGAGAGUGAGUGUGCUACUAGCGUUGAUGUUUUGAUUAGAUCCUAUCCAGAAUAUGUAGCUGUUAAUGAAUUACCUCUGGAAGAUGACGAGAAAAAGAAAAUAGGAAUUGUGACGGCGUUAUGGGAAAGGGGUUUGUUGAUGUUUGAAAAACCUUUCAAUAAAUAAAGUUAGAUCAUUUUGUUUAAAGUUAAUGGUUAAAAA